CUGGGUCGGGGGUGGGGCGAGGGAGAGCCAGGAGGCGGAAGUUCCCGCGGGCGGUGGGGACGGCGCCCGCACCGCGAGUCACUUGUCAGCCCUUGUCUGAGGCGGAGGCAGCCCCGCGCCCGCGCCGGACCCGAGCAUAUUUCAUUUUCUGUCAUUGGACUUUGAGCCAUUAGAACCAUGAGCAACUACAGUGUGUCACUGGUUGGCCCAGCUCCUUGGGGUUUCCGGCUGCAGGGCGGUAAGGAUUUCAACAUGCCUCUGACAAUCUCUAGUCUAAAAGAUGGCGGCAAGGCAGCCCAGGCAAAUGUAAGAAUAGGCGAUGUGGUUCUCAGCAUUGAUGGAAUAAAUGCACAAGGAAUGACUCAUCUUGAAGCCCAGAAUAAGAUUAAGGGUUGUACAGGCUCUUUGAAUAUGACUCUGCAAAGAGCAUCUGCUACACCCAAGCCUGAGCCGGUUCCUGUUCAAAAGGGAGAACCUAAAGAAGUAGUUAAACCUGUGCCCAUUACAUCUCCUGCUGUGUCCAAAGUCACUUCCACAAACAACAUGGCCUACAAUAAGGCACCACGGCCUUUUGGUUCUGUGUCUUCACCAAAAGUCACAUCCAUCCCAUCACCAUCGUCUGCCUUCACCCCUGCCCAUGCGACCACCUCAUCACAUGCUUCCCCUUCACCCGUGGCUGCCGUCACUCCUCCCCUGUUCGCUGCAUCUGGACUGCAUGCUAAUGCCAAUCUUAGUGCUGACCAGUCUCCAUCUGCACUGAGCGCUGGUAAAACUGCAGUUAAUGUCCCACGGCAGCCCACAGUCACCAGCGUGUGUUCCGAGACUUCUCAGGAGCUAGCAGAGGGACAGAGAAGAGGAUCCCAGGGUGACAGUAAACAGCAAAAUGGUAACCCUGGCACUGUGAAAAUCCCACCUAAACGCCCACCAAGAAAACACAUUGUGGAGCGCUAUACAGAGUUUUAUCAUGUACCCACUCACAGUGAUGCCAGCAAGAAGAGACUGAUUGAGGAUACUGAAGACUGGCGUCCAAGGACUGGAACAACUCAGUCUCGCUCUUUCCGAAUCCUUGCCCAGAUCACUGGGACUGAACAUUUGAAAGAAUCUGAAGCCGAUAAUACAAAGAAGGCAAAGUUUGACAGUGCUCUGGAAGACCUACCUAAGAGUGGACCUCACCCUCCUGCAACUCCUCAGGUGUUAACUAUUGGUAGCCAAGUGGCCACACUUUCUAAAGUAGCAACUACUUAUUCUAGUUUAAGCGGCUCCACAGGAAAUGUGGAAGAUUCUUUCGAAGGUUUUCGGAACUUUUCUACCUUCUCUUCUCCUGCUAGAUAUAGUGCUGCAGUUCUGAGCAGCGCAGCUGCUACUGUGUCUGCUGUUAUUGCUACAAAAACCAGGCUCUACACUCCUGAAAGAUAUCACUCACUCCUGGAUGCACUUUGCAUCAGCCCUGUCUCCAAGCCUUUAGCUUUUUCCUAUCUGCAGUCCUCAAGGAAAUCAACUGGCUCUAUCCAUGUUAAGAAAACAAGUAACUCUCAGGAGGCUUCUCCGCAGUUGGCUUCCUCGGUAGCUUCCACACAGAGCAUGCCCGAGAGCCCGGACAGCCCAGCCUCCGGCAGACCAGGGGUGACCAGCCUCACAACUGCAGCUGCCUUCAAGCCUGUAGGAUCCACUGGCAUCAUCAAGUCACCAAGCUGGCAACGGCCAAACCAAGGAGUACCUUCCACUGGAAGAAUCUCAAACAGCGCUACUUACUCAGGAUCAGUGGCACCAGCCAACUCAGCUUUGGGACAAACCCAGCCAAGUGACCAGGACACUUUAGUGCAAAGAGCUGAGCACAUUCCAGCAGGGAAACGAACUCCGAUGUGCGCCCAUUGUAACCAGGUCAUCAGAGGACCAUUCUUAGUGGCACUGGGGAAAUCUUGGCACCCAGAAGAAUUCAACUGCGCUCACUGCAAAAAUACAAUGGCCUACAUUGGAUUUGUAGAGGAGAAAGGAGCCCUGUAUUGUGAGCUGUGCUAUGAGAAAUUCUUUGCCCCUGAAUGUGGUCGAUGCCAAAGGAAGAUCCUUGGAGAAGUCAUCAAUGCGUUGAAACAAACUUGGCAUGUUUCCUGUUUUGUGUGUGUAGCCUGUGGAAAGCCCAUUCGGAACAAUGUUUUUCACUUGGAGGAUGGUGAACCCUACUGUGAGAAUGAUUAUUAUGCCCUCUUUGGUACUAUAUGCCAUGGAUGUGAAUUUCCCAUAGAAGCUGGUGACAUGUUCCUGGAAGCUCUGGGCUACACCUGGCAUGACACUUGCUUUGUAUGCUCAGUGUGUUGUAAAAGUUUGGAAGGUCAGACCUUUUUCUCCAAGAAGGACAAGCCCCUGUGUAAGAAACAUGCUCAUUCUGUGAAUUUUUGAAAGUCAACAGUUCAAGAGAAGAGAAGGAAUUUGAAGAGAAAAAGGAAAAUUAAAAUUACUAAUUAAUUUUUAGAUUCAAUAUUUAUAUGGAGUUUUGAAAAAUAAUAGUGGCCCUGAAGGAAUAAAUUCCAGCUUUAAAAACCAAGUCUGAGGAAAUAUUUGGCUUCAUAAAGUAAAGAGACGGUUUGGCAUUUAUUAUUACUUUUUCCUGUAUUUUAUGCCCAUAAAAUAAGCUUUAUAAAAACCAAUUUCCUGAUGGACUAUUAAAUUCAUCUUAGAAUAAAUUAGUGAAGAAUUUAAUUUUAGAAUAAAUAAUCCAAUCUGAAAUAAUUAUACCUUCUUUCCUUGUUAGGUAGUUAUGAGUAAAUCUGCAAAAGGCAAUGAAAAUGCCUUAAAUUUUAUCAAUAACAGAAUUAUUGUAUUUUAAAAAAACUAAUACUUAUCUUUAAAAUAGUAAAUAGGAUUUUAAACAGAGAAUUUUAUCAGUAAUAGGUGUCAGUUUUUAAAAAAUUGCUUGUAGGCUGAGCGCGGUGGCUCACGCCUGUAAUCCCAGCACUUUGGGAGGCCAAGGUGGGUGGACCACCUGAGGUCAGGAGUUUGAGAUCAGCCUGGCCAACAUGGUGAAACCCCAUCUCUACUAAAAAUACAAAAAUUAGCUGGACGCAGUGGCACGCGCCUGUAAUCCCAGCUACUCAGGAGGCUGAGGCAUGAGAAUCACUUGAACCCGGGAGGGAGAGGUUGCAGUGAGCCAAGAUCGUACCACUGCACUCCAGCCUGGGUGACAGAGUGAGACUCCGUCUCCAAAAAAAAAAUUUGCUUGUAUAUUAUUUUUGCCUUACAGUGGAUCAUUCUAGUAGGAAAGGACAAUAAGAUUUUUUAUCAAAAUGUGUCAUGCCAGUAAGAGAUGUUAUAUUCUUUUCUCAUUUCUUCCCCACCCAAAAAUAAGCUACCAUAUAGCUUAUAAGUCUCAAAUUUUUGCCUUUUACUAAAAUGUGAUUGUUUCUAUUCAUUGUGUAUGCUUCAUCACCUAUAUUAGGCAAAUUCCAUUUUUUCCCUUGUGCUAAGGUAAAGAUUUAAUUAAAUAAUUUUGGCCUCUCAUAGUUUUCUCUCUCUUUAAAGAGAAUAAAUAGAGGGCCGGGUGUGGUGGCUCACACCUGUGAUCCCAGCACUUUGGGAGGCCAAGACGGGCGGAUCAUGAGGUCAAGAGAUCAAGAUCAUCCUGGCCAACAUGGUGAAACCCUGUCUCUACUAAAAAUACAAAAAUGAGCUGGGCAUGGUGGGGCGUGCCUGUAGUCCCAUGUACUUGGGAGGCUGAGGCAGGAAAAUUGCUUGAACCCAGGAGACGGAAGUUGCAGUGAGCUGAGAUCGCACCACUGCACUCCAGCCUGGUGACAGAGCCAGACUCCGGCUCUUAAAAAAAAAAAAAAAAAAAAGAGAGAGAGAGAGAGAGAAUAAAUAGAAAAGAAUGUGGCUGGGAAUUGUGAAUCAGAAGAUUAUACCCCCCAAUUUUUUUCAAUCCCCUUUUCUCAAAUAAUAAAUUAGUUAAAUCAGUUUCUGAGUUAUGCCACUGGCUGAUGAAGAGUUGAGAGGUCUCUUUGCAGAAUGAUCUUUUUGUUUCGUUUUGUUUCUUCUUCUGCAUUUAAAAAUUUAAAGAUUGGCUUGAGGAUGUGAUGAAAUUGAGACUUUUUGUGGUUUUCUCUCAAUAAUAAGUGAACCAAUUUCAAAUGUGAUCACAAAGUUUGGAAAGCUUUUAUUCACAGAGGUUGGGUAGUGUUGGGAGGGGAGUUUAAUUACUCAGAUUGGCCUGUUAUUUGAUUUCCUCCUUUGGGAAAAGAAUUAUGUAGAUACCACAUGGAGACAGGGAAACAAUUGUGGUAAAACUGUGGAUCCUGUUGCUAUUUGCCCAGUGAGAAAACAGAUUCUGGUAUUUGAUUUGGUUUUUCUCUUUGUUUCCAGAAUGGAUGAAAGUCCAUGAACCUCCUAAGUUAUAAUUUAAAUUUGUUUGGGGCAAGGUGAUUUUAUAGUCGAGACAGAGCCCUAGGUCCUUCCUGCCCCAUCACUCACUUACGACAUCACUUCCAUUGUGUGCAUGUUUGUUAUAGAGGAGGUUUUAGGCUACAAUAUUUGUUUAACCUCCCUAAGAACUUUCAAGGCAUCUGUCCUGAAAGCUGUUAAUUUAUGGUCUAGCAGAUUUAUAUUAUAUGCAGAUAAUAAUUAACUGGGGAUAAAAGAAUGGCAAGGGGUGACACAAAGUAGCAAACUGAAUACUUCUCCAAUAGCAACCCCAAGCUACCUCCUCACCCUGCAUCUUGGAGGGAGGCAGGAAAUUUCUUUUGAAAUAAAGUACUGGAGCUGAAUUCUGCAUUAUUUACCGUUGCUGCUGAAACCACCUAUAAAAGACUUGCUGGCUAAUGUGCAUUGUCAUAUAAUGUACACUGUCACAUCUUUACAGUCUUGUACGUUAUAGAAUACAAAAUAAGUUGACGGUUUUGUUUGGUGUGAGCUUUUUGUUUGUUUGUUUAGUUUUGCCUUCAUAGGUUAUAUGCCAAGAUAGUAUUUGAUAAGUCAAUGACAUUUGGAUGUUUUCUUCAAAGAAUUUUAUUUGACCCAGACUUCUUAUAAAGUUAUCUUACAUUAAGGAUGUCAUUUUCAUCAGACCUUCUUUCUACAUAUUAUUCAUGAAGCAUAAUGUUGCAUUUCUCCAAAUUUUAUGCCUGAAAGGGUAGUGUUGCUUCCUAAGGUAUCAUGUUGUCUUUGUGCUUUGUCCAUCUCUUCCGUGGCGAAGCUUUAUAUCUGUUCCUAAAACAGUUAAUCCUGUGAAAUAAAUAUUGAACAUAAUCCAGAAGAAUCUCUCUAUUUCCCUUGGGGAAUGCCAUAUUUAAUUCACCAGCAGUAAUCCUUUAAUAACUGGCAGAGCACUUUAUUCUUCUGGUGACCUCCCUGAAUAUUUAUUUUUCUGAUUAUAAAUUUUCUAUAUUAGUAGCAUUUUUUAAUUAUUACUUCUUCACUAUAGAGCAUUUACUUUUAGUCUCUAGAUGUAUAUUUUGGAAUGCUGUACUUGGCAUAACAUAGAUUAAAAUCAUAAUGCAUGACUAAAAACUCCUUGGAUUUAUUUCCCAUUUUAAAAUUUUUAGCGGUAAGUUCAGAUUUAUAAUCUUUCUCUAGACUUCCAUGGUCUGAAUGUUGCCUGCUGAAGUAGCAACCUAAAAAGUAUCCCCUGCUUAUGCUUCUCCAGUUGGCCCUCCAUGUCCGUAGGCUUCGCAUCUGUGAUUCAGCCCACUGUGGGUCAAAAAUAUUUGGGGAAAAAAAUGGAUGGUUGCGCCUUUGCUGAACAUGUACAAACUUUUUUUUGUCAUUAAACAAUAUAGUAUAACAACUAUUUACAAAGCAUUUACAUUGUAUUAGCUAUUAUAGGUAAUCUAGAGAUGAUUUAAAGUGUAUGGUAGGAUGUGCAUAGGUUAUAUGCAAAUACUACACCAUUUUCUAUAAGGGACUUGAACAUCAUGGACUUUAGUAUCCUAGGGGGUUCUUGGAACCCAUCACCCAUAGGGGCACCAUAGGACAGCUAUAGUACCGUGUUUAUUUCCUAUUAAUUCAGGUUCCGUUUAGAGUCUAAAACUAAAACCUAAUCAUUUAGUCACAGUGUAAAAACAAAUGGAAAUAACAGCUCAGAUCUUCAUAAUAUUAGUGUAGCAUUAUGUUUAAAAUAAUCUACAACAAAAAUGUACCAUUUUCAAGCAGUACUACAUUAGGAGCCCUUUUAUAGAAAAUAAUUUCUUCUUUACCCCCGUUCCAGUGUGAAUCUAGUAUUCUGUUAACAUUUGUGUGGCAUUUGGAGUUUGUCAUCCCCAUCGAAGGGAGAGCCUUCUCAGACAUGAAGCAAGGGAAACAUACUGAAUAGUUUUACACAAAUUUGAUCUGGCUUCCAUUUGUCCCCCUCAUUUCCCAAAUGUUUAAAGGUAUUGGAUUUGGAUUCUCAAUGUAUAAUUUGCCUUAUCUGUUAAUGUCUAUCUUCUGUCUCUUUAAUUUUGUAUAUCUGCUGUUUUGCUUUUGGAUACAUUUUCUAAUUAGAAGUCACAUGAUAAAUAUAAUCAGUAUAGUAAUAAUACCAUAAUGUGCACAUACUCAAUAAAUAAAUGACUGCAUUGUUGUAAAUGA